AAUUGUACUAUUGGGUUUGCCGAUUUGUGUGUUAGUUGUAUCUGUUGUCAUGCAGAUGGUGCUAUCGGGAUGACGUUGUAUUAAGUAUGUCUCCAUCCAGAAUCGUUCGGAAUGCUGUUAUACUUUGUUUCCUGAAUAUAUGCUUGUCAUAUGAACAGUAUGCUCUGUCUAGUGACAAAAUCUGUUCCCUAGUUGGCAGAAAGCGAAAAAUUAAAUUAAAACAAGAAGCGGAAUCGGCUGUUGUCAUAAAGGAGACUAGAUCCUUUGAUGAUUGGGCAGGUGUUGUUGAAUACAGAUGUCAGUUUGAAGUUAAAAGUGAAAAUGAAGAUGGUGUGAUUGCUGUGAUACAGAAUCUGUCACUUAGAUAUGAUGAGUCUGGUUGUGUAGAUUACAUUCAGUUUAAACGGAGAGAUGGAUCAAGAAGCAGAAAGUUCUGUGGUCAGAUCAAUUCUUUCAAGCAGAUGCAAGAGGAUGGAGAAGUGCUGGAUGGUAAUGUGGGAGCAGUUCUUGAUCCAGGUGGAGAACUGGACACUACCAUAUAUGUUGCCAGCAUAAAGUUGAAUUCCAAUGAAAAGCUGGAUCUUGAGAUAGUUUACACAUCUUAUAAAGGGUAUGGACUGGUGGCAGGCUGUUUUCAAUGUGGUAAUGAGCCACUGGGUUUCAUGAAAGCAUGUUCGGGAAGUUAUAACAUUUACGAGAGUUGUGGUCCAGAUGCAAAAGAAGUAUGUAUUUGGAGAGGGCUUUUCAAUGACAAUUAUGUUAACUGUCCCGUGAAAUGUUUUGAUGAAGGCAGUUGCUUUAAAUCUCCAGGUGGCACAAGAAUGUCAGAUGUUGGCUCAAAAGUGACAAUAGGAGCUAUAACAUCAGUAUUGUUGGCAUUCUUAUUAUUCCUUAUCUGCCUGUGGCUCUUGAGACGCAGCAAGAAACUUUGUUGGUCAAGUGCCUGCAGCAGUGGAUCUCAUCCAACACCUCCAGCCUCUGUGGCUGAGAUGCACCCACAUUUACAGGUUGAAGAGAUGAGGACUUAUCCUACACCAUCUGCACCAACAGAAUCUCAGGAAAGUGCUUCAGUUACUAUUGCUCAAGAUAAAGACUUGCCCCCAACUUAUGAAUCUCUAUUUCCAGGGAAAUAAGUGACAGUGUUAACUAUAGUUCACUGUUCAACUUCGAAUACCAACCUUUUAUAUGACAUGAUUUAUACAUUUUGUAAUUAACACAAAGUAUAAAGUCAGAAAUGUAGACCUGACUCAAGUGUAUUAUAUAUAAGCAGUGGUCCUAUUGUGUAUUUGUCAAUAUGAAGAGAAAUGACAGGUUUCAUUACAAUCUGCCUUAUUAAGGAAUGUGUCAGAAAGAGCAUUGGGAUCGGUGUAAAUAUAUGGCAGUGUUACAAAACCGAAAGUUGUGGUUGCUGUAAAAUAACAACAGACAGUCAGAAAAAGUUGAAAAGAUUUUGUGUGAGGAGUAGUAGAAUCUGCAAAUAUUUCAGGAAUUUUGAAGUGAGAGAUAAGAAUGGAAGAAUCUUUACAAACAUUGAAUAUGUGAAUAUAUUUGCAAUUCUAGGCCUAAUUUAAUAGAAUAUUUAAUACAUUGCCCUCCUAACUCUGUGGCCUGCAAGAUUAUAAAGGCUUGCAGUCUGGAAAAGAUUUGGAACCUCUGGUACAGAUAUGAUCAGUUAUAUAAUAGAAUAUCAUUAUCUGGUGCUAGAAUGUGAAAAAUAAGUGGUAAAACGUACAGAAUGAUGGCAAGAAACAUGAAUAUUAUACACACAGGUUAUCUUGAAAGCCAAAGAAGGGAUGAGUGGGGAGGAGGGUCAAAAUGGAAAGUUUCUGUAUGAGUCUGGUUGGAAACAUUUGCUCUGCUUCAGUCUUUUUGACUACUUGUUUGUAGUAUUGGGUGCAGUGACACACUUCAACAAUGGCUAACACCAGCACAAACAGGUUUAACAAAGUAAUUCACAGUACGGAGAGGGAGAUCAUUAAUAAUAACCAUUGUUUUCUGAAGUCAGUAGAAUGCCUGCUUUGAGACCUUAAUGUAACCAGACAGAUUGAGUGGCAAGAUGGAAGGCAACUCUCGAGGUAACUUGCAUGUAUAGUAUGUGCGUGUUGUAGAAUGGUACAAGGGUUGCCUUAACUGUAGUUCCUAUCGAUAUGUCUCGGUCUUUGUUGUUUAUUGAAUAAAAACAUUAUUUUAAAUCAAAAGUAUGUAUGAAUAUUACUAAAGAAUUUUAAUUCAGGAAAUGUUUAAUUUUCAGCAGUCAGUUGUUAAAUGACUCCAUUAUGUGUAUGUUGUGCCACAAAUAAUUAAAUGUGCUUCCACAUUUGAGGAAUAUAUAUUGGGAAUUAAGGUACCAAGGUUUAAAUACAUGAUUAAUCCAUUGAAAUUAGGUUUUCAUACAUGAAAAUUCAAUUGCUUAUAUUUUGUUAUUUGCUAAAAUAUAUUGACUUGGUAUUUCUUUACCCUACUUUUUUACAUUUUAGUACAUAUAUAAGGCUUUCUGAGCCGGGA